UAUGUCAUGAAAUAUAAGUAAAUAUGAAAAAACCUUUAUGGUUUGUUCUAGUCCCUCUAUAAGCCCAAACAACGUUACAGUCGGUAUAGUAAAUUCCUUAUAUUUUUCUCGAAUUUAUAAUUUUUUCAUUCAUUACUCAUACUGCUUUUUGCCUACUUUGCCUGCUAAAUUCCCCUUUUAGUCGCCUUUUACGACAGGCAGGAGUUACCGUGGCCGUAUUCUGAUCCCCGAGCCACAGGGAGUAACUUUUUAGCGCAGGAUGAACGUACAAUAAAACCAGGAUUCUAUCUUUGGCGUUUAGCUACUUCAUGGUGUAGGUGCAUCUGACUUUCUUCCAUUUGAUUUGACCGGUGAUUACGUUCAAGAAAAACAGCAGUAACAUGGAUUGUAGUUGUCAAAAUUCAAACUUUAAUGCUAAAUAUUUACUUGGUCAGUUGAAUACAGCCAGAAAAGAAAUUAAUAAUUUGAGACAACAAAUAAAAAGUCUUCGAUACAUACAUGAAAAGGAUAUUGAUACCAUAAAGCAUUUAUUAGAAUCAUUCAGAAAUGAACCUUCUGCAUCACGAACAAAAGUUAUAGGUCCAGAUGAUGUGAAACCUAGUACUAGUACCGAUGAUGAAGCUAUAAAAUUAAAGCCUAUUGGGGUAAUAUCUACUUGGUUUCCUAGUAAACGUGGUACUCCUAGACAAACAGGAAUUUGUGGAAAAGUACCAGGAAAACUAUUAUUAUAUAAUUCAGUAUUUACUAAUCCUGAUCAUGCGCUUGAAGGACUACAAGAUUUUUCACAUAUGUGGGUUUUAUUCUACUUCCAUAGAAAUGAUUCAACGCACGUUCGCGCUAAAGUUGCGCCACCAAGAUUAAACGGCACAAAAACCGGUGUAUUUUCUACCCGUUCUCCUCAUCGUCCAUGUCCCAUCGGUUUAAGUUUAGUAAAGAUUACAAGAAUAGAGAACCAUACAAUUUAUUUCGAAGGGGUGGAUAUGGUAGAUCAGUCGCCUGUAUUGGAUAUAAAACCUUAUAUACCUCAAUACGAUAGUCCGUUAGCUUUCGAUAAGUCAAAUAACAGAUCGCAAGAAUCUAGUAUAAACGACGCAUUGGGAUCUAUCGAAGAGACUACCAGAAACCAAACCUGUAGCACGUUCAGUGCGAAUAUCAAUGUUGCGGAUGAAACAAGGAAUCUACUUUCAGAUUCUUAUUACAGAAAAAGCAGCAGUAAAAGUAGUCAAGAAACAGAUAUAUCUAGAGACGAAGAGAUUGCUUUAAGAUUGCAAGCUGAGGAAUUUCAGAGGAACUCGAAUUUUGAAAAUUAUAACAAUGUGAGACAUUUUUUUGAAUUAAGCGACGUCAAUGUGCACAAUAAUAGCAUACUACAACAUAAUAUAGAUGUGACAGGAAUACAUAGAUUAUCUCAAACAUUUACUAACACAUUGUCUGAUACAAGAUCAAGCUUGAAUACAUCUGUUGGACAUAAUACAAUUUCAUCGAAUAUGGAACAGCAGCCUGAAACUUUAAUUGAUAUAAAUAGUAGACUACAAAAUAUUAACGUUAGUGGUCAUACUAAUGUUGAGGCGGCAUAUACGUCAAGAAAUAACUAUGUAGAAACACAUGCAUCUCGCUCGAGGCUUUUGGACGGUGCAGACGGACCAAAUACCGUUUGCGGUACUGAUAUAGACUUAAUUCAAAGACGAUCGUUGAGUUCGAGAAUUGAUAAUUCUCCUAUAAGAAUGGGAGUGAGAGAAGCUCCUGACGGAGAAGAAGGUUUCGAACCACAAAACCUUAUCCCUUCGCAAUCAUUACCGAAUAGUCAAGUAAUAAGAACUACGUCAGACAGUAGCUUGCUAGAUAGCGCAAAUACUAAUUUAGUAUUCACUUCCGACUCGGGAAACGCUGAAAAUAGAGAGGCGGAAACUAAUUCUUCAUCAGAAGUAAGAAUUCCAGAUUGGAUAUCAAGACCUCGAACGCCUCUAUGUGUGGUAUUUAACGAUCGUGCUCUGAUUCAAUUAAACGAGAUUUUAGGAACGAAAAUUAAUGACCAAAAGGUGGCUAUUGAAAAUGUACUUCGUGAAGAUCCGAGAUCGGUGUACCUAAGACAAAGAUGGGGUAGUCAGUUUUAUACUUUCUUAAUUCAUGAUUUACACAUCACUUGUAGAUUCGAUGAUAACAGAGGUAUAGUUACAGUUUUUCAAGUUAGACACGCUGGUCGUAUUUGCGAAUGUGGAGAACUUGAAUGGCAAUGUUUGGGUCAUUCUCCACCACCCUCUUAAUGUACAUAUAUCUGUGAAUGUGUACAUACAUUCAUAUAUAACGUAUGCAUGUGUAUUUACUGUAGAUAAUUUUAGUUCGGUUAAUUAUUAAAUUAACAAUAACAUCUAUGGCAAAACGAAUGAUUUCGUUUUGUACAGUUUUAGAACUUUUUAUAUCACAUUAUUCCAUAUCAUUAAUUUUUGAUGAAUUUUCAUUGUUACAACAAAAACUAGUGAAAAAUCCAUCUCUUUCUUUGAAGUUAUUUUUUAUAUCAAAUGUCUAACUUGAUAGAACAUACAAUUAUACACGUGUUUUAUAUCUUUAAACGUUUACCUGAUUUUUGAUCAAGAGAAUGUUGUAAAUUAUGUUAUAUAAAAUUAGGUAAACCUUUUAUUAUUUUAAUUAUGGAAUAUUUAUUGUACAGUUUUAGUAUAAUUAAACUAUCAUGUAGUUAUGUGUUGCGAUAUAAAAGUUCCUAUAUGUUUAGUUUUUAUAAACAAU